AUGACUGCUUUAAACUAUAACGAUUCAAGCAGUACAAACUAUAUAGGCGUAUCAGAAAUAAUCAACUCUGAGCCCAGUUUUGAUUUUGAUUCAAAUGUGCCUGAUACUACUGCAACUAGUUCGAAUUCAUUUACUGAUAUUGAUUCAAUAUUUCAAUCAUAUUUAACAUCAAAUUACGAUUCAAAUGACAUGCACCAACCAGAGUACACAAUGGUUGAUCCUGAUUAUCAACCUACUUUAUUAGAUACAGUUUCUUCAGUUGAUUCAAACUAUGUGACAUUGAAUUCAAUUCAAAAUAUUGGAAAUGAACUCGAACAGCUCCAUAUUAUUGCUGAACCAAAAGCUACUUAUCGUGGACGAUAUAUUUGUGAGAUUCGUGAAGGUGGAAAUCGAACUAACCGUUUUAUUCGGGCUGAGCCCAAUGGACUAGAACAUGAAUAUCCAACUGUAAAGAUUUUACCGGAGUGGAAUAAACCAAAUCGGCAACUCUAUAUUCGACUUACACUGGUGACUGUUCCUAAUGAACGUAAACCUCGUCGUUGUAUACAUCCGUAUGGGAUUGAUACGCCAAACGAUGGAGACAUCAAAGACCGCGAGAACAAUUCACUUUUUUUUCGUAUCGAUCCAAGCGAUUAUGUUAAAGGUGAAAAAAGUUUUCGUAUUUUGUUGAAAAAGCAAAAACAAGAAACUUUGAAAUCACAACCGAUGCGACUUUUUGAUUCUGAACAACAGAAUAAUAUAGAUAUGGAAGCUCCAAUAGAUGCUAAAAAAAAGAUAUCUCUCUAUCAACUAAACAAAUCACAACUUGUUUUCACAUUAGCUGAACAAUACGGUUACAAUUACUUCCCGGUACCAAUACUUCAUACGUCCGUCGAAUCUCAAAUUAUGACUGAUAUAGGAAUGGACGAUCCAAGUACAUCAAUGAAUCCUGUAAUAGAGCGACAGACUAAUAUAAUUAAAUGUGUACCACAAAAAGGCGACUGGGACGGUGGUGAUGAAGUUGUAGUUAUAGUGUCGGAGCCAAUCAGGCGAAGAGUGAACUAUGUCUUGUUCGAUUUUGGUCUAUGUGGAACGAAAGUUAUUAAUGAAAUACUACAAAAUGAUACAAAAACAAUAUCUUUUCAAACACCAGCAUGUCUAGGGUUAGAAAUCGGUGAAAAUGUUAAAGCGACCGUUACCAUUGCAGUAAACAAUCUCACUCUGGGUCCCAUUAAUUUCGAAUAUGUCCCACCAACAAGAAUCAUGUAUAGUGUAUGUCCACGUUGUCAAGGAGCUGUAUGGAAUGGACCUCGAGAUAUCACAGGAUAUAGACUGGAAUUAGAAGAUUUUGAGUUUGAAAGCGGUGAAAAUCUACUUUCGAAAAUGAAACAAUUAUCAAUAGCAGAAGAGAAAAAUAAAGACGAAAGUCGAACUGCAUCAGACGAAACUAACUCAAAAUUUGAGAAAUAUCUUAACCGAUUAAAAGCUGCUUCAGAAAAAUUCAUUCGUACCAAUGAUCCUUCUCGACUGUUUCGUCAAGUACGUGCUUUAUUAACUAGAUGUGAUGAAAAUCCUCCUCCACUACAUGACGCUAUACAACGUGGACAUACACAAUUAGCAUUGUCACUUAUAGAACAAGUUCUUGACAUGUCUCCAUCACAAGGAAUAUUAGAGAAACAAAAUGAAAAUGGCGAAACACCAUUGUUAAUCGCUGCUAAACUUAAUCAAUGGAAAUUAAUGGAACCAAUUCUUAGAAAUCGAUUGGAUCUCAAAUCANGACAUACACAAUUAGCAUUGUCACUUAUAGAACAAGUUCUUGACAUGUCUCCAUCACAAGGAAUAUUAGAGAAACAAAAUGAAAAUGGCGAAACACCAUUGUUAAUCGCUGCUAAACUUAAUCAAUGGAAAUUAAUGGAACCAAUUCUUAGAAAUCGAUUGGAUCUCGUCCAACAGAAAGAUAAAGCUGAAAAUAAUCUAUUUCAUUUACUUGCAGAAAUCAAUGACGACGAAGGUGCAGCGACCAUUCAAAAUGUUAUCAACAUUUUACCCAAUGAAAUAACGACAAAAAUGUUGAAGCAGAGAAAUAAAGACAAGCAAAUCCCUCUGCAAAUUGCAGAAUCGCGUGGCAAUUCGUCUUCUUGUAAACUACUUAUCUAA